ACGCAUCCUCCCGCAUAUGCCAGACGAAAGGAUCCUCACGGCCCUGCGUUUCCCCGAAAACCUGGCUCCCACAAGCCUGCAGCUCUCGCAUCCCCACUCCAGCUGGAUCGACGUGUUUCCCUUUCCGGAGAUGAGGGACAACCUGAUUCGGUACGAAGGCUACUUUAGCCAUGCCGAGUUUCUGACCGACCUGCUCGGAAAUCUCAUUAGCUGCAUGGAUGGUGCCUGUGACUUGCCCCGAAAGUGGACAAAUGCGCUGCCGGGAUCCAAGAACGGUGAUGAUGCUCCUGACCGCCGGGGGUUGAUUCUGUGGGGGGAGCCGUAUCAGAGGGAGAGCUGGGAGGUGACUCCGGGGUUUCUGAGGAAGUGGUGGUGGGUGGUGAAGGGAUGUGGCGAGCUUAUUGAGUCGACGAAUCGAUGGCGGACGGUGAGGGGGGAGAGGCCGUUGCGGAUGGCUGUGCUGUUACAGUGA